GCAGCGUGUUCGUUGCGCAUGCGCACCUGACUAUGCCCACUCCGCCUUAACACAGUCGCCAGCUUGAUUGUGUCGGCGGGCUUUAGCAGACAAAAUGUCCUCCAGUGACUUCUAUUUGAGAUAUUAUGUCGGACACAAAGGGAAGUUUGGACACGAGUUCCUGGAGUUUGAGUUCAGGCCUGAUGGUAAACUCAGGUACGCCAACAACAGCAACUACAAGAAUGACGUCAUGAUCAGAAAGGAGGCGUACGUGCACAAGAGCGUGAUGGAGGAGCUGAAGAGAAUCAUCGACGACAGCGAGAUCACAAAAGAAGACGACGCUCUGUGGCCGCCUCCAGACCGAGUGGGCAGACAGGAGCUGGAGAUCGUCAUUGGCGACGAGCACAUUUCCUUCACAACUUCCAAAAUUGGUUCUUUGAUUGACGUCAACCAGUCCAAGGAUCCUGAGGGUCUUCGUGUGUUUUACUACCUGGUGCAGGACCUCAAAUGUCUCGUCUUCAGUCUCAUCGGUCUACACUUCAAGAUUAAGCCCAUCUAAACCCCUUUUUGUUUUAAGUUCUGUUU